AUGCAUCUUCCCAGCAUCACCGCAGCUCUGGCUCUGGUCGGCCUUAGUGCUGCCACUCCCACUGACUACACCACCUCAUCCUCCUCCAGAGACCAAGGACUCGCUCAAGCCUGGACUUCCAAGGGUCGCCAAUACAUCGGCACAGCCCUGACCAUCCGCGACGACCCCGUCGAACAAGGCAUCAUUCAAUCUCGUGCCGACUUCAACUCCAUCACCCCGGAGAAUGCCAUGAAAUGGGAGUCUACCGAGCCUCAACGCAACAACUUUACCUUUGCAGGCGCAGACGCCGUAGCCGACUUUGCCGACCGCUACCACAAAGAGAUGCGCUGCCACACUCUGGUCUGGCACUCUCAGCUCCCCGCGUGGGUCAGCCAAGGCGGCUUUGACAACAAAACCUUGAUUUCCAUCAUGGAGAACCACAUCAAGAAAGUCGCUGGCCGUUACAAGAACAAGUGCACCCAUUGGGAUGUUGUCAACGAGGCUUUGGAGGAGGAUGGCACGUAUCGCAAGUCUGUGUUCUACAACACCAUCGGUGAAGCUUUCAUCCCCAUUGCUUUCCGCUUUGCCGAGAAGUAUGCUGGGUCGAAGACAAAGCUAUACUACAACGAUUACAACCUCGAGUACGGCAGUGCCAAGGCCCUGGGUGCCCAGCGCAUUCUCAAGCUUGUUCAGAGCUACGGUGUUCAGAUUGACGGUGUGGGUCUGCAGGCACACUUGAGCUCUGAAGCCACUGCAUCCACUGGUGGCGGUGUCACCCCUGAUGUCAAGACUCUAACCAAUGUACUCAAGCUGUACACUGAUUUGGGCGUUGAGGUCGCAUACACCGAAUUGGACGUCAGAUUUACCACUCCCGCUACUCCCGCUAAGCUGAAGGCUCAGGCGGAUGCUUAUGCCAGAGUUGUGCAAUCUUGCAUCAACGUCAAGAGUUGUGUCGGUAUUACUAUCUGGGGUGUUUCGGACAAGUACUCUUGGAUCCCUGGUGUUUUCCCUACCGAGGGCGCUGCAUUGCUUUGGGAUGAGAACUUCAACAAGAAGCCUGCUUACAGCUCUGUUCUCAAGACCAUACAGUCUUUCAAGAGAUCUUAA